AGUCACCCAGGUGCGGAGCCAGCCUGAAAAAGACAGCGGAAGGAGUUUUCCGGGCUGCACUGCCGCUCACCUGCCUUCACCAAUCACCACGCAGUUUACCCUCGGGCCCGCCUCUUUGGGGGCGUGUCCCCCGUGAGUGAUAGACGGAGCCGCCCGGCCCUGCUCAGCCCAGCCCACGUUGCUACUGAGAUUGAAAUGCAGAACUCAAGCCUCUUUCAUCGGGGCACAGACUUCCUUUUACUGCUUCCUUUUGCACUCGUGCCGCCUCCUCCCGGGGAGAAGCCGAGACACCGGCAGCCAGGAUCAGAGACAAGCCGGGCCACUGAGGCCGGGUGCAAAGUUUCUUUCUGGACCGGGCCGGGUUGGUGUACUGCUCGGAGCAAUGGAGCCGGCCUUCGGGGAGGUGAACCAGCUAGGAGGAGUGUUCGUGAACGGAAGGCCGCUGCCCAAUGCCAUCCGGCUUCGCAUCGUGGAACUGGCCCAACUGGGUAUCCGACCGUGUGACAUCAGCCGCCAGCUCCGGGUCUCUCACGGCUGCGUCAGCAAGAUCUUGGCGCGCUACAAUGAGACGGGCUCGAUCUUGCCUGGAGCGAUUGGGGGCAGCAAGCCCCGGGUCACCACCCCAACCGUGGUGAAACACAUCCGGACCUACAAGCAGAGAGACCCCGGCAUCUUCGCCUGGGAGAUCCGCGACCGUCUGCUAGCCGACGGCGUGUGCGACAAGUACAACGUGCCCUCGGUGAGUUCCAUCAGCCGCAUUCUACGCAACAAGAUCGGCAACUUGGCCCAGCAAAGCCAUUACGAUUCGUACAAGCAGCACCAGCCGGCGCCACAGCCUGCGCUGCCCUACAACCACAUCUACUCGUAUCCUAGCCCCAUCACGGCAGCGGCAGCCAAGGUGCCCACGCCACCCGGGGUGCCCGCCAUCCCUGGCUCGGUGGCCAUGCCACGCACCUGGCCUUCCUCGCAUUCGGUCACGGACAUCCUGGGCAUCCGCUCCAUCACUGACCAAGUAAGCGACAGCUCCCCCUACCAUAGCCCCAAGGUGGAGGAGUGGAGCAGCCUGGGCCGCAGCAACUUCCCAGCCGCAGCCCCGCACGCAGUGAAUGGGCUUGAGAAGGGAGCCUUGGAGCAAGAAGCCAAGUACGGUCAGGCACCAAAUGGUCUCCCAGCUGUGAGCAGUUUUGUGUCCGCAUCCAGCAUGGCUCCUUACCCUGCCCCAGCCCAAGUGUCGCCUUAUAUGACCUACAGCGCUGCUCCUUCUGGUUAUGUAGCUGGACAUGGGUGGCAACACGCCGGCGGCACCCCACUGUCCCCCCACAACUGUGACAUUCCCGCAUCACUGGCAUUCAAGGGAAUGCAGGCAGCCAGAGAAGGUAGUCAUUCGGUCACCGCCUCUGCUCUCUGAUGGGAAAUUCCAUCUCGGGCAGGCAGCUCCACUCGGGGAUCCCCCUCUCAGCACAGCCUACCCCUGCUCCGGGGUUUCACAUCCCACCCCUGCUGCCCCCAAUGCCCCUGCUUCGAGAGCUGGCUUGAUGGACUCACCUCCUUUGUACUGAUGACACUUAAGUAUUUCUUGCCAUAACUUCUUUCUUGCAGAAAACCGGACGUGACUUAGGAUUUAAAAACAAAAGCGGCCUUACGGAUUGAAUGAAAUGCUUGUGUUCCCUACACACUGUUUUAAGGUAGUGAAGAAACGUACACCCCUCAAAGGGUUUAAGGAACUUUUAAAACUAGUCUUUGGUAAAACCACACAUGUGUAUUUAUUCUAAAGCAACCUGAACUCUUGAAAUGUGCAAUGGUUGAGAUUUUGCAAAAUCAAUAAAGGAAAACACACGUAGAAAAAAGUUAUGUUACGCCUUCUAAUCAAAUAAGGUGACCAAGUAAGCCUUAGUUUGUUAUUAGGAAACCAAUCAGUAAUUGACUUGUUGGAGUGAUUAUUUUUCUAUUUUUAAGAGAUGACCUAUUUUGUUUAAAAAUAUGUGUAGAAUUCAAAGCAAUUUGUCUACUUAGCUCCUCCCGGUGCUUUGACUUGGCUCCAGAUGCAGUGAUGUUUAUAUUUUCUAUUAGUCUGUAAAUAUGGGCUUAGAUGGUGCAUUGUGGCUUCAUUCCAUGGGGUAUCCCCCACCUUUCCUUCAACCCUCCCCCUCUUUCACGCCCCUCCCCCACUCCUCCCUCCCCAGGUGACUUUCUGGCAACAUCUUUGCCUCUGUUUGGUCGUGGGCUACUUGGGCUCCCGGGCCCGGACUUGCCCCCAGAUUUUGUGUGUGCAGUGAAAGGUUCAGCAUCUCAUGAAGGAAAAUUUCUUCCUACAGCAGAGGCCUCAAAGAACAGAUAAAGCAAGCCUAUCUCCUAUUUGGUACCCCCGUCAAACAAUACACAUGCCAAGCGUAUAAAGGCAAGAGGGUGGAAAAUAGCUGAACAAGAAGGCUCUGAAGGAAGACGCUUAGAAACAAGUUUAAUGUGAAAUGCUUUGCAAAGACACUUAAAAUGAACUUUCUGUUAAGAAAACCACUGUGAAACUAAAUUGUACUGUUAUUGUUGGCUUACCUGUGUGUUCAGCAGUCUCAGCCCAGAAUUAUGUUGUAACUUACACAAAAUGGAAAAUUCUGCUCGAAUGAAUGUAACAAUGGCUUGCUGUGAAGUUUACAUUGUUGUACAGAAGCAUGGUUCACCUAUAGGCAAACUGGUGGUGGUACUAGAAAUAUAAAUACUAUUUAAUGUUGACAAAUUCCCUUUAUUCAUUUCUAGAGCUACAGGACACAGAUGGACACAU